GCUAACAAAGAAAUUCAACAACCACUUUCAACAACAUACCCCUCACCGACUAACUUCAUCGAUUGCACCGCGCGGAAUCUAGCGGAUUCUUCAAGAUGGAGCGCAUGUGGCGAAAAGUAAACCACAGUUUGCGCAACACCAGCAAGUCGCAAGCACAGCAAGCAGCAGGUGGCGAUGGAAUCAUCGGUGGCGCCGCCACAGGAGCCACUGCAGCCACGCCUCAAUCCACUGAUACGAUUAGUUCGGCUGGCGGUUUCGGCGAUGGUCAGCUGGUGGUCGCUGUCCAAGGAUUGGCCGCCAGUGGGGGCAGCAAUGCCACCGGAAGACGCCUGGCCAGCAGCGGCGGUGGUGGCGGAUGUAACAAAUCCCUCAGCCAACAUGUCCUGCAAACACGUACCGCUUCCUCGGAACGCCGCAGGCGACGCCGGCGCAAGAGUCGUCCGCGACGUGGCGGUGGCAUGGGAGUCACCAGUUGCGUCGGUGAUCCUGGCGGCGACAACAUGUCUUCCUCGGGCGGCUUUUAUACCCUGAAAGAGCACCAGCACUAUCGUCCCAGUCACCAUCAUGGCGGUGGCGUCUCUGUUGGCGGUGGCGGUGGCUCAUCCCGUCGUCUGUUUGCCACUUCGGCGCCCAGCGGCACCGUGAUGAUGUAUCCAAAUCCCCAGCGCACCACGGCACUAGCACCAACUGGAGGAUCUGGAUUCGGGCAGGCAACCACUGCGGGCGGAGGCGGAGGAGGAGGAGGAGGAGGAGCUGGCGGUGGUGCGACUGGAUCCGGAACUGGAGGACAUCCGGACAUCUCGCUGAGGCAGCGGGCGGUGGCCAAGUUGCGCAUGUUCAACUUCCAUCUCAACUGGGAUCUGCACAUGACGCACUGCAAGCCCUGCGGUCCGCGUUUGAGUGGCAGUGGUGGCAACAUAAUCACCCGCAGGCUGUGCCGCAAUCGUCGGCGGGAGGACAACGAACUGUACCGCUCCAACAGCUUCAAGUUCGAGCGAUUCGAGCGCAAGGAGUGCCUGGAGGAGUUGUCCAACACGUUGCAGAAGCAGAUUGCCAUCUGUGAUGAUUACAGCCUGCCCGUAGACUUUGUUAAAAAACGACCGUCCAGCUUCGAUCCGUGCCUGGCGGAGGCGAUACCAGCGAAUCCCGAGCACUGGAUAGCCCCCAGUCCGCAAACCGAGUUUCUGCCAUUUGGUGAAGCCCAACAAGCGUUGCAGCUACAAUCAGCAGCACCAACAGCAGCAGCAGCAGCAGCAACAACAUCUGCAGCAGCAGCAGCGGCAGCGGCAAGCGCAACUGCAGCAGCUCCACAACUACCGCCCCCGCUGCCCGCCCCCGUGGCAACAUUGCCCACUCAGGCGGCGACGGCAGCAGCAGCAGCAGCAGCAACAACAGCUGCGAUUUUGGCCACUCACCAGCAGCAGCAACAGCAUUUGAGCAGCAGCAGCAACAACAACAACAACGGCGGCAACACACACGGCCAACAGCAUACGCACAGCAACAACAACAACACAUUGCCAGUAGGGGCACAGCAGCAGCAGCUGCAGCAACAACCACAACAACGUGCAACAUUGCAACAUCCACCGCUGCCCAACAGCAACAUCAAGCAGGCAUCGGUGAAAUUGAUCGAAGGAUAUUCAGAUCCCAAGGAUACGCGCAAUCACAAGAAGGUCUACCACAAAAAGGCCAAGAAACGUUCAACGACUGGCCACAAGCGGCAUCAGCAGCAGCAUCAGCAGCAGCCGCACCAGCAUCAGCAGCAGCAACAGCAGCAGUUGCAUCAGCAGCAAACGUUGCCAACGCCCAGAAGUGCGCAGCAGCAACAGCAGCAAAAGUUGCAGCAGCGGCAUUCCACCUACAACAACAACAACGGCAACUUAAGGAAGGACAAACGCAACAGUCAAUACAACUCAGACUCCUCGGCUCCGAAGUCUUCCGACGACGAGGCGGACAUCGACGAGGAGGUUGAGCAGCAACCGCUGCCCGUGCCACAAGCAGCGGCCCAGAGUGCUCCACUAACAGCCGCCGGUCUCAACUCUCCGGACUCCAUAUCCGAUGACCUGGUGCGUCCGCUUCCGCCGCAACUGCAGCGCAGUCCGCGCAAACUGACCGUCGCUCCCGCGGAGCACAACAAGCGCCAGCCCUCGCCCUACUACUACUCCGAUCUGCUCAAGAGUCGGGACAAAGACAAGGAUAAGGACAAGGAUAAGGACAAAGAUAAGGAUAAGGACAAGGAUAAGGACAAAGAUAAGGAUAAGGACAAGGAUAAGGACAGAGAUAAGGAUAAGGAACGGGACAAGGACAGGGAGGACUUUAAGCUCAAGUGUCGCCAAUCGACGGCCAGUGAACCGCCGCAGCAAACUCAAACGCAGCUGGCUGGCUACCGGAAGAGCUCCAGCUUGGAUGUGCCGCCGGCGGAGGAGCAGCCGGAAGCAGAGAGUCACGAGGAGGAGGAGGAUCCCAGGACGGGACAGGACUCGCAGUCCACGCCCAAGCGUUACAGUUUCACCGAGGAGGGUGUACACAUCAUUCGCUGCGAGACGCCCAGCACCAGCACAUCCGAGGAAUCCGAUUGCAGUGAGUGCCUCAAGCGACGCAAGUGGCACGCUCGUGCCUUAGCCUUAGUGCGCAAGACCUGCAACGUUCAGCCACGAAAUCAGAAUCCCACUGGCAGCGAACUUCAGCUGCAGCUGCAGCACUGCGACGCCGGCGAGGGCGAACUACUCAAGUGCUGUCCACCGCCACCGGCUCCAGCGGAGAUCCAGGUUCAGGUCCAGCCGAUGCCACCGCACCGCCUGCUGGGACCAGCAGCCGUGUGCGGAGCCUGCAUCACAUCCGCUCCUGCCUCCUCCUUGGCCGGCGGACGGGGCAGCGAGCUCGGCGAUGAUCUGGAAGAGGAGUACUUCCGGCCGCGCAGCAUCUUCUAUGUGCAUCCGCAUGGCGUCCACGAGUGCGUCGAGUGCGCCCAGCCAGCCCAGCCUGCGACUGUUCAAGCGCCAACGCUGAGCAAUCCAUCGCUCGAUAUCUACGGCGACGACGAGGACGAAGUGGACGGCGACGAGGACGAAGAGGACGACUCCGAGGACAUCAUGGGCAGCCGGCGUCGGCAGAUCUAUGAGACUGCCUUUGACUGCAAGAUAGCCAAGUCGGAUGACGAUCUGGAUGAGGUGGAUCGCAUUACCAAUUGCUCGGUGCUGCUGCAGUUGAGUAAUGGCAAUGGUACCGACAUCACCAAGGUCACCGGCUCCACCAAGACGCGAGCCGAGUGCAAGCGAGCCAAGAACUCCAAGAACCAGGCUCUGCAAGAGCAAACGGGCGAGGCCCAUGUCCAGGUGCAUCAUGUGGAGGCGGAGCUGGGCAAGCUGCAGCUGAGUCAAGUGGACCAGCAGAAUCAGAACCAGAACCAGAGCCAGGGUCAGCAGCAUGGAGUCAGUGCCACCGGUAGUGGAGCAAGUGCAUCCAGCACGCAGCAGUUGCCCGUGCGGGGAUAUACCCCAUCGCCGCCAUCGACGGCUCCGUUGCCAAUGAAAUUUCCGGGCAAACAUGAUCGCUACCUGAACAUGAACAGCAUCAGGAGUGCACCCAAUCUGCCCGCCGCCAAUCCAGCGCAUCCCCGUCUCCGGGAUCUCCGUCUGCCCAUCCAGUCCAUGCGGCAUCAGUGCGGCGGCAGCAGCAAUGACAACAGUCUCACCGACAGCGCCUACGUGAAUCCGCCCUCGACCAACUCGAAUUCGAAUGCGGCAUCGGCAUCCGCCUCGGCCUCCGUCUCGGCAACCGGAUCAGCAGCUGCCCGCCGACCGCGUUCCUUUGUGCUGGAAUCGGGCCGGGUGCUGGAGCUGCGACGCAGUGCCCAGGGCCACCAGGGUGGUCAGUCGACCCACCAUCACCAUCAUCAUCAUCAUCAUGCGCCGGGGAGCAGGAGAAAUCGCCAUGGCCACGGCCAGGGGCAAACGGCCGGUGGUGGCCACAACUACAGCAGCACAGAGAGCAUUGCCACCUCGAGCAGUGGCGGCAGCAUGGAAUCGCUGCGUUCCAGCACCAGCGAGGGCAAUCGCAGCACCUCCAGCUCCGAGUCGCGGCACUCCAGUUCGCUGAGUUCGCACAGCUCGGAGAGCGGCAGUGGUGGCAGUGGCGGUAGCGGUGGCUCCAGUGUGGCCUACCCCCUGCGACCGGCUCCGCUUCUGCUGCACUCCAAGCUGCACAUCCUGAGUCCCAUUUCCGACAAGUCCUCGCAGGAGCCGGCCUCGGCCAGUGCGUCGGAGCAAUCGCAGCAGCCGUCCCAGCAGCUGGCGCCGAUGGCGUCGCAGGAAGACGAUUCCACAACGAGUGCCACCCCAGCCGGGAACCAAGUCCAGGUGACUGCCUCCUUGAAGCAGCCGCGUAGCAAUCGCGGUGCUCCGAAUAAGGCACUGCUCCAGCUGGCCGAUGAGCUACUGGGUUCGGAUAGUGGCAUAUCGUUGCAUUCCCGGGAGGAGGGCAAACCACAGACCUUGGCGCUUCAGCGUUUAACGCUGCCCAAGCUACAGUUGAUUGGUGCCGAGGGAACCACAACGUCAGCAACGGCCACCGGUGCAGGAGGUAGCUCAGCGAUGGGUGGCAGUAGCGGGGCCGGUGGAUCAGGAUCCGGAUCCGGAUCGGUAAUUGCCAGCGGUUCGGCUGGCAUACCGCAGGAUCUGCGUGAUCUGCCCUUCGAUAUGCCCAAAUUGAGGCGACGCAAGACACUGCAACAGGAGGCCGCCUGCACAUCGGGCAGUGCCACGUCCGUCGAUCUCGGCGAGCUGCCCUUCGACAUGCCCAAGCUGCGACGACGCCUGAGGGCCAAUCAGGCGGAGAUCAAUAACCUGCUGAUGCACAGCACCGAAUCCAGUGGCAUCUCGCAGGCUUCCUCUAGCCACUCGAUGCGCGACGAUCAGAAGUUGGCCAGCAAGUUGGAUACGGCACUGUUCCGGCAGAAUCUAACCCUAAACCUCAAUGAAUCGCGACAGGCGACCAAGCAGUUUGGCAGCCUGGAUCUGCGGGGACUCAAUAGCAACAAGGAGCUGAACAUGAAUCUCAGCCAGGGAUAUGUCACUGCUGUGGAUCUCAUCGAUGUGACCAUACCGCUGGAGCGACAAGGUUGGUACCACGGUGCCAUAACGCGAAUUGAGGCGGAGACCACACUGCGUCCGCUGUCCGAGGGAUCCUUCCUGGUGCGCAACUGCGAGUCCACGAAGCAGGACUACUCGCUAUCCCUCAAGGGUGCCAAGGGCUUCAUGCACAUGCGCAUCCAGCGCAACGAGACCGGACAGUACAUCCUGGGCCAGUUUAGCCGUCCCUUCGAGACGGUACCGGAGAUGAUCCGGCACUUUUGCCUCAACCGGCUGCCAGUGCGCGGUGCCGAGCACAUGUGUCUGAUCGAGCCGGUCAUCGCCCAGCUGCUCUAGAGAGGCUCCAAGGACUCAAAGGCCGGGAACACCGGGAGUUAGCCGAUCAAUGGCUUUAGAGGCUCCAGGGGGAAGGGGAACCAAACAGAAUUACAUAUUAAUAGCGUGUAGAGAACGUAGGAACCUAUGUGAACAUUGUGUAUGCACUAGUUAUAUAUGCGAGUUAGUUGUAAAAGGAUGAUGGCAAUUUUUUCAUGUUUUUUUUUUGGCCUCGAACUUUGUAUGUCGGUCUACUAAAGUACACACCCACACACACACACACAACUCACUCACUAACACACGAACUAGUUUAGCGUUUAAAGUACGUAGCACAUUCAGACAAUACCAGCAAAUGACAAAAAAAAAAAAAAAAAGAAAACCAAACAACAAACGAUAUUUAUAUAGAAGGCAUAUAUACAAGCGAGACGAUAUAUACAAGAGCAUAUAGAUACGGAUAACAAGAGCACUUGACGACAGUUGCUAAAUACGUAGUUGGUACAUGAUGAUCCCAAAUGCGGACAAAGAUGGUACAGAUUUUAGAUGUGUUUACACCGAACCGAGCAUCAGAUUAGGAGCAACUAAUUGUAGCAUUGGGCGCCAAAAAAAAAAAGAAAAGAGAACAAAACAAAAAGAACCCUUCCGUUUGGCUAAAGAUUUACGGUAGAACACAUACAACUCACUUCUAGCGAUUAUAUGGUCAAAACUUAUGCAACUUUUCGCAGCACACACACUCACACACACACACACUCGCCCACUAGCACCGCCCAGCAUCGUCCGAUUAUUCAGAUAAUUACGCCAUUAUUUAUAAACCCCGAUUCCUUUGGCGACGGAUUCUAGUGGGCAUCGCUUAAGGCACCUUUACACUAAGAAAAGUUUUAGCAAGCAACUCUAAAAAUUUGUUGAUUAAUUUUAUGUUACCAAAACGAAGAAAACGAACAAAAAAAAAUAUCUAAAAUAUGUAUAUCUAUAUGUAUGAGAACUAACUUUAGCAAGAGCGAUGUCUUUUUUUUUUUUGGUCUUAGCUGUAGGUCAGAGGUACGCGAAAUAGAACGCUCAAAGCGCUUUUGGUUAAUGGAUCGAAACGAAUAGGAUCAGAUCAGAUCGGAUCGGAUCGGAUCAGAUGAAAUAGGAGGAUCGAUCGAUCGAAUGGGAUCGAUAGAGAUGGUUAGACGAGGCAAGGAUAUAGCAACGCAUAUGAAAUGUCAGUUUAAGUGUUAGUUUCUAAUUGAGCGAACGAAGUGCAGACUAUAUAUAUAUAUAUACAUAAAUAUAUAUUUAUGUAAAUAUAUAUAUAUAUAUUGAAUGCUGAAAAAUGAUAUAUACUUACUAUUUAUAUUUCUAUAUAUACAUCUAUAUAUAUAUAUACACGAUAUUAAAGAGCAGUCAAUGGUUUUUUGGUUCCAGUUCCGAAAGAGAAGCAAGUGUCAGGAUGCAGGAUGCUAAUUAACUAAUUAACUAAUUAUUGUUUCUGGCAGUUUUCUGUUCCACCCUCGUACCGCCGAGCAAUACAACUGAUUUCCAGUAUCUCACCCAAAAGUUAUGUUUAUAUGUGUGUGCCAAAGUAUUAUUCUAGUCGUAUGUAUGUGAAUCGAAUCUCCGUGUGAAUAUAUUAUUUUCUAUAUGUUGAUUGUUGCCUAAUUUCUAAUACUCAAGCAAUUCAAUGCAGUGCAAUAUACGAAUACGUUUAUAUAUCUCGGUUAUGUAUCUAUGAUUUGACUAAUUUAGCUUUAAGUUAAGAAUGCCCUGAUUUGUCCAUAGUUAAGCGAAUCGGUUGAUAACCAUCUCCAUUUUGGCGAAAGCUGCGCCAGUUUGUAAACGGCUUUUGUAAAUAUAAUACGGAAUAUAAAUACAACACGACAGUUAUGUACGAUA